AUGUUUUUGAUACUACAGGAUGAAUCUUUUAACGUGAAGAAGAAGGGUCCCAAAAGGAAAUUCAAGGAAGGCAAUACAAGGUAUAUCCUAGGUACUAAGAUUCGAUCCAAAACGGGAUGUUUGACUUGUAGAAAGAAGAAAAGAAAGUGUGACGAGAGAUUCCCCGAAUGUGAUUAUUGUAAAGAUAAGGGGUUACACUGUUCAUACUUAGAUAAUAAAAUCGAUCGUGAUUUGAAGAAGAAAGAGGAAGAACUCCCGAGUGUGGUUCCACGAGAGUUGUCCACAAAUCCUGAUUUCAUUCAACCAAGAGAUAACGAUAAAAUUGAAGCGGAUCUGAAACCUAAGGAUUUCAAUGAUCCACAAUUUAUACCAAUGAAUUAUGAACCAGAGAUAUUUACACCCAAGACAAGAACAAUAACGGAGGUAAAAUCUAUCACUGAAAUAAUUGAAGGUCAAGAAAGUGACCAAGAAGCUGAGGAAGUUCCAUUAGAUGAAGAUUCAGUUUUGGAUUUGACUAGUAUACCAGAUAGGGAUUCCAUCAUUUCCAUGUCACCUGCAGGUUUAGACUUUGACUUCAUCAAUUAUUUUAUCAAUCCUAGUCCUAUGACGGUUGAACCAACAUCAUUCCCUUCAUUGUAUCUUGAUAGUCAAGGAUUAGAGGCAAUGGACUAUUACAAAUCAAAAGUCGCUAUAGUAUUGUCUAUAAGUCCAGAUUCAUCUAAUCAUUUUAUCAAAAGUUUCUUCGAUUUGGCCAUGAAUGAAGAAAGUUUCAUGUAUGCUAUUGCAGCUUGGGGGUCAGUUUAUAGAGGCAGAGGUGAAGAGGCCAAAUCAUAUUUGAAUAAAGCCAUCACCAGAUUCAAUAAAACCUUUGUUAGUAACGACGAUAAUAAUUUAUACUUCAAAUUAAGCUUCAAAAGUAUACUAACAACCUACCAUAUUUGUUUAGGAAAUGACGAUUUAUGGUUUGAUAGUUUCUUGCAAAUGUGUCAGAUGAUAAAGGAACAUGGUGGUUUAGUUGAAGUCUGCAGGAAAUUUCAUUACUCUAAUGGAAUAAGAUUCAUAAUUUCACUCCUUCAAUACAAUGAUAUUUUAAAUUCGAAAGGUCACAAAUAUGGAACAGUGUUUAAAAGUCUGGAAUAUCAAGAGUUAAUGUUUAAUACCCCUUUCAAGGACAACGAACUUAAUUAUGGAGUAGACACUUUGCAAGGUAUUCUGCAAACUAUGUUGAUCAAAUUCCAUCAGAUCAUUGAACUUAAAUUGAAAAUCAAUAAGUUCUAUCAGUUGUUGGAAGAGAUAAAGGAUGUAGAAAAUUACAAUUCCCUUCGAAAUAUUUAUUUCAAAGAGAUAAAUGAAGAGAUUGAUAGUUUACACAAAAGAAUCAUCGAAUGUCAACCCGAUGAAAACCUCUUACGUUUAAUGGACCCCGAACUGGAACAAUAUGAGUUAAGUCUUUUGACUUUCAAAUCUUACAAGAAUAUCUGCUGUCUUUAUUUCAACUUGUAUGUGAAGAAGCUAACCCCUGAUAAUAUAGAUAACCAGGUUUUGGUACAGAACUUGUUCGGAAUAAUUGAUAUAUUUUCUAAGACAAGGUUUUGUGUUAUCAGUUGUUUACCUUUGAUACUAUGUGGAAUUUGUUGUGUUAAUAAAUUUGAUAGAGAAAUAUUAAAACAAAAAAUAAUGAAAACCCAAAUGACUAGUCCGGUACAAAAUUCUGAAAAGGCUUGGAUAGUAAUACAGAAAUGUUGGGAAUUGAAUCCAAAGGGGGAUAAAACUGUGGACUGGGCAGACAUCUGUGAAAAUUUUGGUUUUAGUUUGAAUGUGUGUUAA